AUGUUCUCCGGACGCCUCGGAGCCGUGUUGCUCUCUGCCCUUCCACUGGGAUCGAAUGCGCUCAGUCCUAGAAGCGAGGUCACUGCCCGUGGCAUACUGGGUUCCUCGUUCGGAGAGGCGCAAAACGCCACUUACGACUAUGUGGUGGUCGGUGGUGGAAAUGCCGGAUUAACGGUAGCCGCACGCCUGGCCGAGGACUCCAGUGUAUCCGUUGCCGUUAUCGAAGCUGGUGAUUUCUACGAAGUGGAAAAUGGAAACGUCAGCCAGACCCCUGCCUACGACACCUACUGGACGGGGAAGGACCCCGACGAUGUCAGCUCCGUGGAUUGGGGGUUCGUGACUUCGCCGCAGGAGGAGUUGCUAAAUGCCAGUGUCCAUUACGCUCGUGGAAAGACCCUUGGUGGAUCCACAGCUAGAAACUACAUGGCCUAUCAACAAGGAUCUAAAGGCUCGUACGAGCAAUGGGCCAACCAAGUUGGGGACUCAGACUACACAUAUGAGAAUUUCCUCCCCUUUUUCAAGAAGAGUCUGAAUUACACCUCACCGAGCAAUGCCCGUGCUGCCAAUGCCACUCCGGACUACGAUGCUGCAUCGUUUGGGUCUGGGGGCGGACCUCUUUCGGUCACCUUCUCCAACUACGCCAACGCCAUGUCUUCAUGGGUGGAGAAGGGGCUGGAUGCGAUCGGAAUCAGCCCCAUUCAAGGAUUCACGAGUGGACAGUUGAACGGAUCUUCCUACGUCUUGGAGACUAUUGACUAUACCAAACAAACACGUGAAUCGUCCGAGACGGCCUUCCUUCGACCCGCGAUCAAAUCGACCUCACUCAAGGUCUACCCGUCUACAAUGGCCAAGAGAAUUUUGUUCAACUCCAAAAAGAAGGCUGAAGGCGUGCUUGUCAGCUCAGAUGGGUCAGAGUACACUUUAUCUGCCAAAAAAGAAGUCAUCGUCUCCGCUGGCGCCUUCCAGUCUCCUCAGCUUCUGAUGGUCUCCGGUGUUGGUCCGAAGGCCACUUUGAAGAAACACAACAUUCCUGUAGUCGCAGACCGACCUGGUGUUGGCCAGAAUAUGUGGGACCACGUUUUAAUGGGACCUACCUAUCGUGUCAAUGUGAUCACCUCUUCUUCUCUAUCCGACGCCAAGUUCGCUGCCGAGGCAGAUGAUCUUUACAACAACAAGCAGGAAGGAAUCCUGACCAAUUCCGGCGGAGACUUCCUGGCCUGGGAAAAGAUACCCGAGAGCCUGCGCUCGUCCUUCUCUAACAGUUCAUUGACUGCCUUAGAUGAGUUCCCCAAAGACUGGCCAGAGAUUGAGUAUCUGAGCAUGAGCGGCUUCCUGGGUUACCAGGAGAACUAUGCUCGUGACGCUCCGACCGACGGAUACAAUUAUGCCACCGUUUCCGCUGCUCUGGUAUCUCCAUUGUCUCGCGGAACGAUUGAUAUCUCCUCGGCCGACAUGGCUGAUCCACCCAUCAUCGACCCACAAUGGCUGUCUCAUCCAGCGGACCGUGAUGUGGUUGUCGCUGGCUAUAAGAGAGUCCGGGAGAUGUUCGGCACUGAAGCCAUGGCUGAUGUGCUAAUUGGGUCCGAGUACUUCCCCGGGUCUAACGUGACUACCGAUGACGAGAUUCUUGAAGUCAUUCGAAAAACAGUUAGCACGGUGUUCCAUGCAGCCUGCACAUGUGCCAUGGGGAAAUCAAGCGAUCCUGAUGCUGUCGUUGAUACCCAGGCUCGGGUAUUUGGUGUUCAAGGAUUGCGCGUAGUCGACGCCUCGGCAUUCCCUCUCCUACCCCCUGGUCAUCCUGUGGCCACUAUAUAUGCGCUUGCCGAGAAGAUUGCCCAUGAUAUUCUCAACCCAUAG